CGCCCCGGAGGGCUGGGGCCGAACUGCGCAGGCGUUUGGGGUGGGACGCUCGAGGGCGCUUGCGCCGCUCCAGAAACGUUCGAACGCUGUCGGUGGGCGUCUGCGCGUGGGAAGAUGGCGGAGCGCGUACCGAAGUCUGUGCUGUUCGUGUGUUUGGGUAACAUCUGUCGAUCACCUAUUGCAGAAGCAGUUUUCAGAAAACUUGUAACUGACCAAAAUGUCUCAGAUAACUGGGUCAUUGACAGCGGCGCUGUUUCUGACUGGAACGUGGGCCGGUCCCCAGAUCCAAGAGCUGUGAGCUGCCUAAGAAAUCAUGGCAUUAACACAGCCCAUAAAGCAAGACAGGUUACCAAAGAAGACUUUGCUACAUUUGAUUAUAUACUAUGUAUGGAUGAAAGCAAUCUGAGAGAUUUGAAUAGGAAGCGUAAUCAAGUUAAAAACUGCAAAGCUAAAAUCGAACUGCUUGGGAGCUACGAUCCACAGCAGCAGCUCACUAUCGAGGACCCCUAUUACGGCAGCGACUCCGACUUUGAGACGGUGUACCAGCAGUGCGCGAGGUGCUGCAGAGCCUUCCUGGAGAAGGCCCUCUAGGCGGCCCCACAGCUGCGCGUCCGGUCCUGCGUCGGAGUGUAGUGACUUCUGUGGCUCAGGGUCACAGCUGUUCCUUCAGUGACAGUGUUUCUUCUUUUAAAACAUGAUUGUAGAUGGAAGUCAGUUAUAUUUGUCAGAAGAAUAAAUAAACAUUUUUGAUUCAGACAGUU